AUGGGCGCCCAAAGUAAACUGGCCGAGAUAGCCUUUAACUGCACCUGCUAUGAGUAUCACCAUCCGUGGACAAAGAGCUGUGCCUGCGCUGCGGCAGGUAUGAUGCUCUCCGAGAUCCCUCCCAGUCUGCGCACCUACGCCACUGUUUACGUGGUGGCUUUGAUCAUGCGAGGACGCAUUCCAUCGCUGAAGGAUCUUAGACGCACUGCAUCUGGAAUCCUACAGUCGACAGCGUUCCUUUCGAUGAAUGGAGGCCUCUUUGUUUUUGCCGUGUGCUACUUGCGUCAGAUCCUGGGAGGAUUCUACUUCGGCACAGUUGCUUGGCUGCCCUCGUUCCUGGCCAGCUUUUCAUGUCUUGCCUUCGAGCGUCCAGAACGCCGUGCUCCCCUCGCAUUGUAUGUGGCCAAUGUGGGUAUCGAAACCCUGUGGAAGAUGAUGGAGGCACGAGGCUGGGUUCGAUCCAUUCCUAACGGACAGGUGUUCAUCAUGGGAGCAAGUGUGACCGCCUUGAUGUAUUUAUAUCGCGCCGGAUUGCACAAGACAGUGGCCAAGGAUGCGACGUUCAAGGCUCUUGCCCUGAUCGUGGGCAAAGAGGAUGAGGGUCCACUGAAGACGCCGGUGGUCACCACCACGCAAAGCUCUCGCGAGGCUCCCCUCAACUUUCAAAGCAUUUCGGCCUACGUACAGCUCUAUGACCGCAUGCUGAAGGCCAAACAUCCAAGUUGUCCACACAAGAGGGGCUGUGUUCCCUACGCACUUAUUGGAGGACUAAAGCCAUUCCUGGGCGGUGUAGGCCUAUCAGUGGGUCUAAAGCUGCUGCUCAACAUCCCCAAGAUCUUCAAGUCGAAGAUGCAGUGGCGCAAGCAGAUCUUCAACGGAGGAUCCUUGCAGUUGGGAUUGGCGCUGGGCAUCUUCUCACUUCUCUUCAAGUCGACUUCAUGCGGACUGCGUCACUCGUUUGGUUUCGACAAUGCUCUCUUCGCCAUUCCGGCUGGCCUCAUCGGAUCGAUUGGCUUCUUCCGAUUCCCGAACACCACGGUUGCCUGUUAUCUGAUGUGGAAGUCCAUGCAUCUGCUCUACAACUGGGGCAUCGCGGAGGGCAAGUUGCCCGAGGUGCCGCACUUUGCGAUGCUCAUGUACGGAUUCUUCACGGCCGUGCUCUUCCACUCGGCAAUCCUGGAGGCUCGUUCGCUGCGGCCCAGCUACUACAAGUUCCUCAUGGGCAUCUCCGGAAAUCGCAUCAGUCGCUUCAAUGUGAAACCCUUCGAGGCUUACGGUCUGAAGAGCCAGGACCAAAUCAACUAUGUGAUCAAGAAACUGGGCAUCGACAUGACCUCACCCUACCCCCUUUUCUCCCUGACUGUCUAGAUGGGUUUCCCCCAUAACUUCGCAUACCUACUG